AGACAGAAUGUGCUGAAGAUAUGGUCUCUACUACUGCUUUAGUGCCUACGACUCCCAAACAGACCACUAGCCAGGUUCCCACAGCUAGCCCAGCACCAACUGCAUUGCCCCCAAACCCUGCAGUUGGUAAAUACAACGUGACCGGUCCAAACGGAACCUGUGUACUUGCCUACAUGGGGUUACAGCUGAACAUCACCUACAUGAAAAAAGAUGGAAAGAUGGGAUUGGAUUUGCUGAAUUUCGUACCACGCAAUACAACUUUUUCUGGGACGUGCGACAGUACGUCUGCCUUCUUGAAUCUGACCUUUGAGAAAACAAGGGUUGUCUUCCGCUUCGCGCUGAAUGCAAGUACUGAAAAAUUCUUCCUGCAAGGUGUGAAUGUAAGCACGACCCUGCCUUCUGAAGCAAAAGUUCCAAAUUUUGAAGCGUCGAACAACAGCAUGAGUGAGCUGAGAGCUUCAGUAGGGAACUCCUACAAGUGCAGCGCGGAGGAGAAUCUCCAGGUCACGGACAAAGCCCUUGUCAACGUAUUUAACGUUCAGGUCCAGGUUUUCAAGAUCGAUGGAGACAAAUUUGGGGCAGUGGAAGAAUGUCAGCUGGAUGAAAAUAACAUGCUGAUCCCUAUAAUAGUUGGUGCAGCCCUCGCUGGUCUUGUUCUAAUUGUCUUGAUUGCUUACUUGAUUGGCAGAAAGAGGAGCCAUGCUGGGUAUCAAACAAUUUAAUGACUUGCACUAAACCCCAGUGUAGAUGAAAAGCAAUUGCAAGAAGCUGGGAAAACCCACACACACACAUUUCCCCUGAGCUAAGAUUGAUAUUGUAAGGGAACACCUUUUCUUGCAAAUUGCUGCUUCUUCAAGUCUGCUUUAUUAAAUGUGAAAUCAUCUUGCAGCAUUUAACUAUGCACAAAAAUAACUUCUGAAAAUUCUGGUGUUUAAUUUUGCUAACUAGUUGAAAUAUUUACCCACUUAGAAACAAGCUAAAAGUUUUGAAGGGUGGUGAUAUUUUUUUUUUUUUUUUUGGAAUUGGCGUAAGGUCAUGUCAGCUAAAGGUGCCAGAGAGGGAUGUUGCUAAUUCACACUGACUCAGUUUCAGAACUCUUAACAAAAGGGAAAAGGUUCCUUCUUUGUACCGCUGCCAUCCAGCGACAACGUUAAUUACACUGAUGAUGCAUUUAAAGAAAUGUAGUAACAACUGACAGAAUUGAAAUUGAAAAUCUGAACUCUGCCUCGUCUCUUAGGUGUGUAUUUUUUACUAAGCUUUAAACUCAAUGCCUGGCAUAUGCAGGGUGUGAACAAGGCAAUACUCGAACCUUACAGGAACUCUAUGGUUGGACAACUCCCCCACUUGAUAUUUUUGAUGCUCUGCCAGCGUGUUAGCAGCUGGCACUUUUUUAAAAUGGGUGUUAUUUUUAUUUACCUCUUUUUUUUUUUUUUUGUAAAGUGAUUUCAGUCUCUUCAGUUGGAAGGUCCAGAGAGAUCCUGUGACUGCACAUGUGUACAAUAUAGAUCUCAAUCUGCUGAUUCUCUUGCUUUAAACUUGGCUGGGGGUUGUACACUCUAAGGAUCAGUUCUUAUGUAUGCAUUGCCUGUAACAAUGCUAAUAAAGACACUUUUUUUCUGUAAUACA